AUGAAGCUCAAGGAGAUUCAGAGAACCGCGACUUUUGCGUGGUCUCCUCGUUCGGACGCACCACUGCUCGUUAGCGGAAGUGCGGCCGGUGCUAUCGACCCGGACUUUUCGUCUGCAACGCGUCUAGAGCUUUGGCGCUUGGAUUUGACUGACCGUUCGGCUACUGGCUUCAUCCAGUCCCAGCCGGCGGCUACGUUAGAGACGGACGCUUGCUUCUACGACUUGGAUUUUAGCAACGACAGCUACCAUGUUGCCGGUGCCCUUGAAAAUGGCCGCGUUGGCAUUUGGGGAGUUGAGUCUAUGGGUCAACCUAGUCCGCAACUCAAACAGGUGUUUUCUGGAAUGCAUCCCAAUGGUGCUGCCCAUGUUGUGAGAUUUGGCAGACAUAAUGCCAAACAGUUAGCGUCUGGUGGUGCAAAUGGGCAAAUUUUGAUUUGGAACCUCGAUAGACUUAAUGAGCCCACUACUCCCAGUACCCAAACUAGUCGCACCGAGGACGUUACCGACUUGGCUUGGAAUAAACGGGUAGGACAUAUUCUGGCUUCGACUGGUCGCACUGGGUUUACUUCUAUCUGGGACCUGAACAAGAGACGUGAGGUACUUCACCUGCAUUACACCUCUUCUUCUGGUCAGCGUCUGCCUGUCUCCAGCGUUGCUUGGCAUCCCACAAACUCCACCAAACUUGUGACCGCAUUGAUCGACGACCAAGAGCCUGUAAUCUUGUCCUGGGAUCUACGAAAUGCCAGCGUGCCUGAGAAGGUUAUGCGUGGGCACACUUCCGGUGUCCUUAGUUUGGACUGGUGCGACCAAGACGAACAGCUUUUACUUUCCUCGGGACGUGACAACCGCACUUUGCUUUGGGAUCCUAUUAACGGUGAGAUGCUUGGUGAGUAUCCUGUUUCUGUAAACUGGGCAUUCAAAAGUCGCUUCCAUCCAAGCUUGCCCGACCUGUUUGCGACCUCCACCCUCGACAACCAGAUCGUUGUUCAAACCCUCCAGGAUACUCAAUCAUCUAGUGCAAGUGAACCCAGUGCCACUCAAGCCACUGGUGACGAUUUCUGGAGCUCUGAUAUUGUGAUGGAUACAGUCCACCCUCGCUUUACUCUCCAGCAUGCUCCUGCGUGGUUGCAGCGACCUGUUAGCGCCUCGUUCGGGUUUGGUGGCACCAUCGCUGUCGUCCAAAAUAACAAGGUUCGUAUUGAGCGCAUCACUGAUGACUCUUUGAGUAUUGAUACCCAAAGCUUCUCCAAUGCCUUGACCUCUGGCGAUCUCAAAUCGAUCGCGCAGGCUCGUGCGGGUGCCGAUUGGGCUGUUCUAUCCAAGUUUAUCGAGUCCAACGAUAGCGCGAAGGUCCUAUCUCAAUACGUUGAACCUGAGUCUGAAGUUGAGGAUAUUACAGACGAGUUCAGUAUUUCUCCCGCACCCUACAAUCCUAUGCAUGAAUUCAAACUCUUGGACGGUAGCCACGAUAAAGUCACGAAACUUGUACUGUCGCAGCAGUACGAGAAGGCAAUUGACCAGCUUAUCAAUGCAGGUGAAUACUCUGAUGCUCUUCUGGUCGCAUCAUAUGCCCCUAAUAAUGCUGAAUUGUUGGCCCGUGCUCAAAAUGCUUAUUUGUCGGCUGAGGCUGAUGCCAAGCCUUACUUGAGAACAACUUGGGCUGUUGCAAAUGAAAAGGUUGUGCCACUAGCUGGCAGUACCGAGUUGGAUGCUUGGCCACACACCUUGCGUGCUGUUCUGGCCUCCAAGAGCGAUGUGACAGCUACUACCAAGAUUCUGGGUGACCGGCUUUUAGCAGCAGGUAAGCGUGAUGACGCUGUGCUUGUCUAUCUGAUCGGUUCUAAUGUGGCUGCUGUGGCUGCUGUUUGGCUCAAAGAGCUUCCUGAGAUCCAACGUCAGCUUGUGUCUGAGUCCAACACUGCGUAUGCCGCCCACGUCAAGUCUUUGCAACAAGUCAUUGAGAAAAUAACUAUUGCUCAGCGUGCUACAAACGCGUCGGCUUCUGGCUCCGGAGAUGAGGCUCAGGAUGAGCAUCUUUUCGAAGCUUUCCGUGAAUACGCCCAGAUUGUUUCCUCUCAGGGUGAGGUUCAACUUGCAAAUACUUUCCUGAACAUGUUACCUGCUAAAUAUCACCCAGCAAACAGUACUUCCAAGGCUGAAAAGACUCCAUAUGGGCAGCAACCUCCGCUAGGGCGACCCAGCGCUGGUACUACUGCUGGUGCGCCCAAAUCGCCCUACAGGCCUUACGGCAAACGCCCUGCUAACGCUACGUUGCCGGUGAGUACACCGGCGGCCCCGGCGGCUCCGGCGGUCUCCAGUACCACUGCAACUGUCACACCAGUUCGACAGUUUCCAAGCAACCCUUACUCUCAACCUUCGAAUCCGUACGCAGGCGCUGCGGCAGCCACUGCUUCCUCUGCUUCUUCGAAUCCGUACGCUGGUGCUGCGGUAGCCACUAACCCUUAUGCUAACGCUGCUUCUAGCGUUACUUCUAGUGCUCCUUCUCCUGCUCCAUCGACCUCGUUUGCUCCACCUCCUCGCGCAGGGACUGCUGCAGCCUCCAUUGCGGCUUCUUCAGCUGCAAAUGCGGGUAAUAACAACCAAAAACCGUUGCCUCCAUCUGCUGCUAGUCGACCUCCUGCUCAUGGCUGGAACGAUUUGCCCGAGAUUGCGAAAACUGUUCGCCGAACCCCUGUUGCACCUCAGAUCAUCACACCCAACUAUGCUGUUUCCAGCCCGGUAUUGAAUGGAAACCAGCCUCCUCCUAAGGCAGGAACAACAUCCAGAAGAGCUAGCGGACAGUCGUCGACACCCAGUAUGGAGAGCAAGCCAUUUUCAGCUGAACCUCUACCUACACCUAAUGCUUUGCCGGCUAUACUUGGAGGCGCGCCAUCUCCUUCGUCGCCCGCACCACCCGCUAUUCAGCGCACCGUGAGCAACCCUUAUGCACCACCACCUCCUCCUCCUGCUGUCCCGCAAGAAGCACCCACUGGACCUGAAUCGGCGGUUACAGUUCCGAAACCCGAGCCAAUGCGGAGGCCGUCUGUUAAGAUGAACCCUUACGCUGCUGCAUCUGCUGCACCUAUGGCUGCACCCCAAAAUACGAUUGCUACUCCUUCCGGCCCUGGGUCAAUUGGAAUUCCUCCUCCUACGGCUACGACACCUACGUAUGGUACGCGUCCUGCUGCGUUUGCUCCUCCCCCGGUCGCAAUCGUCCCACCAGUGCCUCAGCCAAUUGUUCAGCCUUCGGUCCCAGCCUUUGCCCAAGCAACCGCGCCAAUUGCUGCUCCGCCGCCUGUUUCCGGUGCGCCGCCGCCGGGGCCAGCACGCGCUUCUAGUCGGGCUACUCCGUCAGCCUCUGCUGCCGCAGUUCUCUCAGAUCCAGCAUCUGGACCUCCUAUACCUGCAGCUUCGGAAACCCAAGCCAAAUAUCCACCUGGCGAUCGUGAGCAUAUUCCCGCCCACACCAAACCAAUCUAUGAAACUCUUCAUGGCGAGCUUGCUCGAGUACAGCCAGUUAUUUCAGCACAGUACCCCAAGCAAUUCAAAGAUACCUCCAGGCGUCUUGACAUUCUUUUUGAUCUGCUCAAUAAUGACUCUGUUCUCGACAGCGAGGCCAUUGGACUUCUCACUAAAAUGACUACGGCACUGCGUGGCAAAGAUUUUGAAGCUGCCCGCAGCGCUCAGGUCGAGCUCCAUGCUGCUAAAAGUGAGCAGUGUGGACAAUGGAUGACCGGCGUCAAGCGUCUUAUCGACAUGGCGGCUGCUAUCCCGACUUAA